GCAACACUGGCUGCACAGCGUUGCCACAUCUCCAAACUGAGCAGAGCUGUGGCAACACCUUUGUUUACGUGCACCUUAGCAACGAGCGCUUGGUACGCUUCAUUUCAUAUUUAAAUGUUUUAUUUGUGAACUCGAACAUAAUUUAGUUGUAAAUCGCCAUGUUUGAGUUAUGAGUGAUACCGAUACGGACGACACCGAUCUGUUGUUGCUGAUACCGCCCAAUUACUAUACGGACACGGCAGAACGCUUGCUGCGGGAGGCCAAAAUGAGCGCAGACGCAGCAGAUGCACUUGCCAUGCCUCCGCCACCGUUGCCAGCGUCGACAACAGCUGCGUAUCAGUUUCUGUUGCCCAGCAAAAAGUCGGAACUGAAUCAAAUUAAUGCGCGACUACAAAACAUGGAACUGGAGCGGGAGCGGGAGGAUGAGCGACGAUUUGAUGCACCCUCGGAUAUAUCCACAAUUUCGUCGAGUACAGUGCGCACAGCGCUAGGCAGCAGGCCGCAGCGCGAGCAGCACGGCAUGGUGCACUCGACACCCAAGAGUGGCUCAGUGGAACCGCCACGAGGUCGUCGCAAUGAGGAUAAUAUACUGCUGGAAAUCGACAAUUAUCUGGAUGACCACAAUGCCUGGCAGCAACAGCAGCAGCAACACCACAGCGAUGACCACUUGCGCUUGCGCGGUUACUCGGCUCAGGUGCAGGACUCGCAGCCAACUGCUACUUCAUUGCCAAGCAUUCGGCUGGGUGCAUCGGCAUCCAUUGCCAAUGACAAGCUCAUCAGCCUCAGCGAGCUGUGGGGUAAAAGCAAUCUGGCAGGUACUGUCAUAGCUAGCAACGUGUCGGCGCUGCAGGGCAGCCCUUCACUGAAGGAGGAGCAGCUGCGGCGGCAGCAUUUGGAGAAAAUGGUACAAACGCUGCAGACACAGUUGUUGGAGUAUCAGCAACGCAUCUCGGUUGCCAUUGAGGUGGAUCGUUCAAAGGACACAGCCUUGCAGCAGGCAGACCAACAGCUGAAGACGCUCAACUUUGAGGUGCAACAUCUGCGGGACACGCUGCACAGGCUGGAAACGGAGCGUAACGACAAUCAUAGCAGAUGCGAUGCACUGCAGAAUGAGCUCUCGCAGGCGGUGGGCUUGGCCACUAAGUUUCAGGAGAAGACCGAGAAGUUGGAGGCAGAACUGGAGCGUUGCAGGCGACAGGCAAAUGAUACAGUACAAAAACUGGAGCAGCUGGAGCUGCAGUUGCAAAGCAGCAAACGUGCUGAGGAGCUGUCGCACGCCGAGCUGAACAAGCUGCGAGACAAGUUCGCCAAAGUAGACUAUCAACAGGAAAAGCUGAAGUUGCGUGUAGAGGAACUGGAAAAGGACAACUCCACGCUGCAACAUCAGAAGGAAAUGCUGCAAGAGUAUCAUCAGAAGCAAAAGACGCGCGCAGAUAAUCUCGAGGCGCAGCGAAAAUCCUUGCAGGAGACACUGGCCAAUCUGACCGACAUUGAGACGCAUCUCAAGAGAAAACUGGAGGUUCAGCAGAAAUCACUGAAGCAACACUAUCAGCAGCAAAUGGAAAAUGUUGUUGCCAAAAAACUGCAAGAGUUCCAAACGCAGCUGGACAAGUCGGAGGAGCAGCUUAAGGCUGAGGCACGCGAGCGUGAACGCCUCAUAGCUGAUCGUGCGGUCAAACAGCUGGAGAUGAUCAACGAAAAGAACAACCAAGAGCUGAAUCUCACGCAGGAGAAGCACAACGAGGAAGUGGAACUGUACCGCCUGCAGCUGGCAAAUGCAUCAAAAAACAUAGACGAGCUGGAACUCAAGCUCAGCACCUAUAAGACAAAGCGUGCGGACAUUGCGGAGAAGCUGCAUGGCGUAAUGGAAGCACAGUGGCAGCAAGCGCUGGCCAUACUUACCUCACCCAAUCACACAUUUCAGCUGCCCGGCGGUGAAACGGACAGCGAAUCGCCAGAUCUGAACAAUGCCCGUCACUACCCAGAUACACCCAAAUCGAGCAAGACACAGCGCAGCAAUAAUACCGAAAAGAACAACUUGGAUGCGGUGGCCAAAAAAGAUCCACCAUCGCCCAUGGACAAACUGCAGGCAUACAUUGAGUUGUUGCUGAGCAAAUCCCCAAGUGAUUUCGAUAAACUCGAUGAGAUUCUGGGCAUGAACGCCAGACAGAACACCAAGCCACAAAAGCGUAACGCCAGCAGCGGCUCCAAGCCACCGCCCUGGAAGUCCUGACAUACAACCGAUUGUAACUAUAUUAAUUAGUUUCAAAGUCUGAAUUUAUAUGUAGCCACAUGGCUAGUGGCUUUUAUUUUUAUACACCCUUUUACUUAGAAGUUUUAAA